GUCUUUCGUUGAAAUCGGGAAAAUUUCGCAAAACUUCUAACGAUUAGCGUACACUUGUGAUCUAUUACCGUAAACAAACCAUCCGGCAAGCAUGUCCCGUGGAAGUAGCGCUGGGUUCGACCGUCACAUUACGAUUUUCUCUCCCGAGGGUCGUCUCUAUCAAGUUGAAUAUGCCUUCAAGGCAAUCAACCAGGAAGGACUAACCUCGAUUGCCCUCAAGGGAAAGGAUGUGGCAGUGGUGGCCACCCAGAAGAAGAUCCCAGACAAGCUGAUCGAUCCGGCCACUGUGACGCAUCUGUAUCGCCUGACGAAGCAGAUCGGAUGUGUGAUGACCGGCCGGAUUGCCGAUUCCAAGUCGCAGGUGCAGCGGGCUCGCUACGAGGCGGCCAACUGGCGAUACAAGUACGGCUACGAAAUGCCGGUGGAUGUGCUGUGCCGGAGAAUGGCCGAUAUCUCCCAGGUCUACACGCAGAAUGCUGAAAUGAGACCGCUGGGAUGCAGUAUGGUGCUGAUCGCGUACGACGACGAAAAUGGGCCGUGCGUGUAUAAAACGGACCCGGCCGGAUACUACUGCGGCUACCGGGCCAUCUCGGUCGGCGUGAAGCAAACUGAAGCCAACAGCUAUCUGGAGAAGAAGCUGAAGAAAAAGACCGACUUUAACGAGGAGGAAGCCAUCCAGCUGGCCAUCACCUGCCUGUCCACGGUCCUGGCAGUGGACUUUAAAACGUCGGAAAUCGAGCUGGGGGUGGUCAGCAAGGACAAGCCCGACUUCCGAACGCUGAACGAGGACGAAAUCGAAGUCCAUCUGACCGCUAUCGCCGAGAAGGAUUAAUCACCGAUGAUAAUAUUUACGUACGAUUUUCCAUUAUUAUUCAGUUUAUUCUCCAAUUCAGUGGGUGGAAAUACACAUUUACUUUAAAAAAUAAGAAAUCUUAC